UAGAACUCAUUUCCACAACUUCACAAACUCUCAGAGUGAGAGAGUGAACUCUCUACUUAAACCCUAAAAUCUUCACCGAAGCAAAAUCAUCGUUGAAAAUUGAAAUUCUCAACAACCAUGGGUCACGUUGGUUCAAGCAAAGACGCACACAAGCUCAAUAUCAACGAUGUUGAUCUAGAAUACGACACAGAAAUGGAGGACAUUGACCUAGACGAAGAUCCAUCAACGAAUUCAGAAAUCCUCAACGAAGUAGGUCCUGAUAUGGUGAAGUAUUUCUGCAAAAAAGCUUCGGUGAUGUUUUUCGACGAAUAUGGUUUAAUCAGUCAUCAAAUCAACUCGUAUAAUCAAUUUAUCAGUUCUGGUCUUCAAGAUGCUUUCAAUUCGUUUGGAGAUCUCGCUGUUACUCCUGGUUUUGAUCCUUCUAAGAAAGGAGAUAACGAGCAUUAUCGUUAUGCGACUGUGAAAUUUGGAAAUGUAACCCUUGAUCGACCUAAGUUUUGGUGUGGUGAAGGUAAUGCUCAAGAGUUGAAGAUGCUUCCGAGGCAUGCUAGGUUGCAGAGAAUGACUUAUGCUUCUAAAAUGAAAGUUGAGGUUCAAGUUCAGGUUUAUAUUCCGAAGAAGGUUCGGAGUGACAAAUUUAAGACUGGGAAGGAGGAGUAUAUUGAUAGGGAGAUUAUCAUGGAUGAGAAGAGAGAAAUAACUAUUGGGAGACUUCCUGUUAUGGUUAUGUCUGAUUUAUGUUGGAUGAGUGAAGCUGAAAAAGGUGAUUGUGAAUUUGACCAUGGAGGUUACUUUCUCAUCAAGGGUGCUGAGAAGAUUUUUAUUGCACAGGAGCAGAUAUUUCUGAAGAGGCUCUGGGUUUCAAAUAUUCCGUAUUGGGCAGUUGCAUACAAGUCACAGAUGAAGAGAAAUAGGAUGGUUGUUAAAUUGGUGGAAAAUUCCACUUUUGAAGGAAUUAAAAACGGAGAGAAGAUGCUGACAGUAUAUUUUCUGUCUGUGGAGAUUCCUGUAUGGAUACUGUUUUUUGCUCUUGGUGUCACUUCAGAUAAAGAGAUUGUUGAUCUCAUUGAUUAUGAAGUGGGAGAUGGAAGAGUUGACAACAUUCUCUUUGCAUCCAUUCGGGAGGCCGAUGAGAAGUGCGAAACAUUUCGCAGGGGAAAGAAUGCACUUCUUUUCUUAGAGGAACGUGUAAAAGGUGUCCAAUUUCCACCACCCGAAUCUAUUGACGAGUGCCUUGACAUGUAUGUCUCGAGCAUUAAAGGGUUAAAAAGAAAGGCACGGUACCUGGCAUACAUGGUGAAAGUUCUCUUGCUGGCAUAUACUGGCCGCCGAAAAACUGAUAACAGGGACGACUUUCGAAAUAAGAGGCUUGAGUUGGCUGGUGAGCUGCUCGAGCGUGAGAUUAAAGUACAUUUUGCACAUGCUCGGAAGCGGAUGGGGAAGGCUCUGCAGAGAGAUCUUUAUGGAGAUCGAGAUGUUCGUCAAAUUGAGCACUAUCUUGAUGCUUCCAUUAUUACAAAUGGUCUCCAAAGAGCGUUUUCUACUGGAGCAUGGACACAUCCUUUUAAAAGGAUGGAAAGGAUUUCUGGUGUGGUUGCAACUCUUGGCCGAACAAAUCCACUGCAAACCAUGGCUGAAUUAAGAAGAACAAGGCAACAGGUUCAGUACACAGGAAAAGUUGGGGAUGCUAGAUACCCGCAUCCUUCACACUGGGGGAAGGUUUGUUUCCUGUCUACCCCUGAUGGUGAAAAUUGUGGACUGGUAAAAAAUUUGGCUGUCACAGGAGUGGUAAGUACCAAUGUGACAGAACCGAUACUUCCUCAGCUGUUCGAUUGUGGAAUGGAAGAACUUGUUGAUGAUACUACCACUGUUCUUGGAAGAAAAGACAAAGUCUUCCUAAAUGGGGACUGGGUUGGAAUUUGUUCAGAUUCCACAUCAUUUGUAACAGAGCUACGAAACAGAAGACGGAAAAAUGAAUUGCCUCAUCAGGUGGAAAUCAAAAGAGACCAAAAUCAACGAGAAGUGCGUAUAUUAUCUGAUGCGGGAAGGAUUCUCCGUCCACUCUUGGUAGUUAGUAAUCUGCUUAAGAUUAAAGGAUCUAAAUCGGACCAUAAAUCUUUCAAGUCCUUACUGGACAAUGGCGUGAUUGAGCUGAUUGGUCCUGAAGAAGAAGAGGAUUUCAAGACUGCUUGGAGUGUUCAGUAUUUAUUUGGCAAAGAGGGAAAGUCUUCUGUGAAGUACACGCAUUGUGAGCUGGAUAUGUCAUACUUGUUGGGCCUAAGCUGUUCACUUGUUCCAUUUGCAAACCAUGACCAUGCAAGGAGAGUGUUGUAUCAAUCCCAGAAGCAUUCUUCACAGGCUAUUGGCUAUUCUACGACUAACCCCAAUAUAAGAGUUGAUGCUUUGUCUCACCAAUUAUUUUAUCCUCAAAGACCACUUUUUCAGACAAUGGCAUCUGAUUGUCUUGGAAAACCUGGAUAUCUAGGUACAAGUAAAGUUCUUCCGAAGUCUGAAUUCUAUAAUGGGCAGAAUGCAAUUGUGGCUGUCAAUGUACAUCUCGGAUAUAAUCAAGAAGAUUCCUUGGUGAUGAACCGUGCUUCUUUGCAGCGUGGUAUGUUCAGAUCUGAGCACAUAAGGAGUUACAAAGCUGAAAUUGAAAAUAAGGAAUCUUCUGAUAAGAGAAAGAAACCUGAAGACAUAGUAAACUUUGGAAAGAUACAGAGUAAAAUUGGUCGAGUUGAUAGCCUUGAUGAGGAUGGCUUUCCAUUUGUUGGUGCGAAUUUGCAGAGUGGUGAUAUUAUUAUUGGGCGGUGUGCUGAUUCAGGGACAGACCACAGUAUAAAAUUAAAACACACCGAAAGGGGUUAUGUUCAAAAGGUUGUGCUGUCUUCUAAUGAUGAGGGGAAGAAUUUUGCGACUGUUUCGUUAAGACAGGUUCGAAGUCCUGUACUUGGAGAUAAGUUCUCCAGUAUGCAUGGACAGAAGGGGGUUUUAGGAUUUCUUGAGUCUCAGGAAAAUUUUCCUUUCACAAAACAAGGUAUUGUUCCUGAUAUCGUCAUAAAUCCACAUGCAUUUCCCUCGCGACAAACUCCUGGGCAACUCCUAGAAGCUGCUUUAGGAAAAGGUAUUGCUUGUGUUGGUUCACUGAGAAAUGCUACUCCUUUCUCCACUUCCUCUGUUGAAGCAAUUACUAACCAGCUUCACAGAGCUGGCUUUUCAAGAUGGGGGAAUGAACGAGUAUAUAAUGGGAGGACUGGUGAGGUGGUCCGCUCACUCAUAUUUAUGGGGCCAACAUUCUACCAGCGAUUGCACCACAUGUCUGAGGACAAGGUCAAAUUCAGGAACACUGGUCCAGUUCACCCACUGACUCGACAGCCUGUUGCUGACAGGAAGCGAUUUGGAGGUAUCAAGUUUGGUGAGAUGGAGCGUGAUUGCCUGAUAGCUCAUGGUGCAUCGGCCAACCUAUACGAACGACUCUUCACCCUGAGUGAUUCAUCACAGAUACACAUUUGCAGUAAAUGCAAAAAUGUAGCAAAUGUGAUCUUGCGACCAGUAUCUGGUGGCCGGAAAAUUCGAGGUCCCUAUUGCCGUUUCUGUGAGUCAGCUGAUGAUAUUGUGGUGGCCAGUGUUCCAUAUGGAGCUAAAUUGUUGUCUCAGGAGCUGUUCAGCAUGGGCAUCAACCUCAAGUUUGAAACUGAGCUUUGCUAGUCUUUUUAUUAUGUCGCCUCUCUUAUGCUUUCCCUAGACUAUAGACUUUUGAACCCCGUAAAUAUCAGUUUGGUUCCUGGAUGUUGUUUUGUUGAUACCAGUUAGGAGUAUUUCAUGACAAGCAUUGUGAUUUUCUUGAAUGCCUUUGCAUUUCUUUUCGUUUGAAUUGUUUAAACUUUUAAAAGGAAUGUCCAAUGUCCAUACCUGGAAGCUUCUUUCCCAGGAAAUUCAUGAAUGAUGAACUGCUGGUUAGUUGGGAUUGCCCAAAAUUAGUUUUCUAUC